AUGCCACCCCACGGAGGGGUCUCUGUGGGUCUCUGGCUGCUGCUGGCUUCCAGUCUGGCUUCCGAGCCCCAGCCUGGCACAGGAGGGGCCACCCUGGCCUUCGUCUUUGAUGUCACCGGCUCCAUGUACGACGAUCUGGUGCAGGUGAUGGACGGGGCGUCGCGCAUCCUGGAGCGGACGCUCAGCAGGAGCACGAAACCCAUCAGCAACUACGCCUUGGUCCCUUUCCACGACCCAGAGGUGGGACCUGCCACCCUCACUGCAGACCCCUGGCUCUUCCAGAGGCGCCUGAGGGAGCUCCAUGUCCAGGGUGGAGGGGACUGCCCGGAGAUGAGCGUGGGAGCCAUCAGGUUGGCUGUGGAGGUCUCACACCCUGGAUCCUUUGUCUACGUCUUCUCGGAUGCUCGGGCCAAGGAUUAUGAGGAGCAGGAGGAGCUGCUGCAGCUGCUGCAGCAGAAGCAGACCCAGGUGGUGUUUGUGCUGACGGGGGACUGUGGGGACAGGAGCCACCCCGGGUACCGGGUGUACGAGCGCAUCGCUGCCACCAGCUCGGGGCAGAUCUUCCACCUGGACAAGCAGCAGGUGACAGAGGUGCUGAAGUGGGUGGAAGAGGCUAUCCAGGCCUCCAAGGUCCACCUGCUCUCGAUGGAUCGUGAGGAUGGUGGGGAGAACACAUGGCCUGUCCCCUUUGACUCCAGCCUGAAGGAGGUCAUCAUGUCCCUGAGUGGUCCUGCUCCAAGGAUUGAGGUCCGGGAUCCAGCAGGAAAGGUCCUCAAGAAAGGCCAAGGGCUGAAGGAACUGCUCAGCAUCCCCAACUCAGCCACGGUGCUGGCUGUGGAGCCCCAGGAACCAGGCACGUGGUUGGUCACGACCCAGAGCAGUGGCCGCCACUCUCUGAGGAUCACAGGAAUCAGCAGCAUUGAUUUCCAAGCCAGUUUUUCUACCCAGCCAGACUUCGAUGCCAUCCAGCCCAGGCAGCGACCAGUGCAGGGUCUGCCCAUCUCUGUGGUGGUGAACUGCACUGGUCUGAAGCCCCCUGGGUACUUGCAGGAGAUUGAGCUCUUUGACACCUCCGGCCACCUUCUCCUCUCACUGCCCAUGCAGCUCCUCUCCAACACCUCCUCGGGGCAGCUCUGGGUGGCUUCACCCCUCCAUGUCCCCCCAGGAGACUUCCUGCUGAAGGUGAAGGGCAAAGACAUCCAGGGCCACCCCCUGCAUCGCUUCUCUGGUGUCACCUACACCAGUGUGGUCCCUGGUCUACCCAAAGUGAACAUCUCCAGCAAGAUCCAGGCUUACAUCCGUGAGCCCCAGCUGAUCUCCUGCUCUGCAUGGAGUGAGAUUCCCUUCUACCUGCAGCUCAGCCAUGGUAGGAUGAAGCUUGGGGAAGAACAGUUCUUCAGGAGUUCAGGGAACAUCAGCUGGUUGAUCCCUGUGGUGUCCAAGAAUGAUGAAGGGUUUUAUGAGUGCACUGCCACAAGCAAGGUCGGGGUGACCCGGGCUCACACCUACGUCUCUGUCUCAGAGCCACCACCACGUCUCAUAGCCCCAGCCAACAUCACAGCUUCCCCGGGUCAAGAUGUGGUCAUGUCUUGCCGAGUUCUGGCCACCGUGCCCUACAACCUGACCUGGAGCUGGGAUGGGAAGGUGGCACAGUCAGGGGAUGGCCGGACCAGGCUCCUGCACAACAAUUCCCUGGAGAUCACCCACGUGCAGCCAGGGGAUGGGGGGCUCUACGAGUGUGUGGCCCAGAGUGCCUACGGCACUGCCACUGCCUCCCUUUGGCUCUUCAUCCAGGAGGUGCCGUGGGUGAUGGUGGACCCCAGCCCCCAGCGUUUUGGCAGGGGACAGGAGCUGAGGCUGAACUGCACAGCCGGGGGCCACCCCCCACCCCACACCUCCUGGAAGCGUUGGGGCUGGGUGCUGCAGCAGGAUGAGAGGGUGUUCACGGAUCCCGGGGGUACCCUGCACAUCCGGGCUGCUAUCCCAGAGGAUGCGGGGAAUUACAGCUGCUAUGCCAGCAACGUGCUGGGCUGGGACGAGCAAAUCAUCACCCUGGAGUUCACCGAGCCUCCGGCCAUCCUGGCUGUGACACCCAACCUGAAGGCUUUGGUGGGAGAAGAUGUCACCCUGGAGUGCUGGGUUUCGGGGGUACCCCCACCUCACAUCGUCUGGUACAGAGGCGAGCAGGAGGUGGCAGCGUUCCCAGCCGGCACCCGGCGAGCGAUCCUGCGGCUGCAGGCGGUGCGGGAACGGGAUGCGGGAUCCUACAUCUGCCAGGCCCGCGGGGAGUCCGGCACCGCCUCCGAGGGCACGGCGCUGGAUGUGGGCUCUGCCCCCCACUUCCCUGAACCCCUGGGGGACAUGGCAGUCGAGGUUGGGCAGCAUGUCAGCCUGCUGUGCCACGUCCAGGGCUCUCCCCGACCACGGAUCUCCUGGUUCCGGCAGGAUGGGAAGCCCAUGAUGGGCUGGAAUGGCCCCCAUGGUGUUUCCAUCCAUCCAGAAGCUGCUGAGCUCCUCAUUGACAGUGCCUCUCUGGAUGACCAAGCUGUCUACAUCUGUGAAGCCCAGAACAAGUUUGGGAAAAUCCAAGCAGAAGUCAAGCUCACGGUCACCGGACAUGCCCCAGAAAUAGCUCUUGCAUCCCCUGAGGUUCAUGUUCUCCUGGGCCAGGCUGUGUCUCUGCCCUGUGUGAUCCUGGCUGGCAGACCCUUCCCAACCCGUCGCUGGCUGAAGGACAGGCAGCUGGUAGCCCCAAGCAGCCACUACUCCAUCCAGGCUGAUGGGAGCCUGCACGUGGCCCAAGCAUCCCAGGGGGACACGGGGAGGUACACUUGUGAGGUGACAAAUGCCCUUGGCUCACACCAGCAGGACGUGUCCCUGGUUGUUCUGGUUCCUCCCAGCAUUGAGCUGGGCCCUGUUCAUGUCACUGCCACCGAAGGAGCAGCUGUCACUCUGCAGUGCAAUGCCACCGGGGUGCCACCCCCUACUGUCACCUGGGCAAAGGGCACAGAACCCAUUUCACUCAACCCACGCUACCGCCUUGACCCUGAUGGGGCCCUUCUGAUCCCUUCAGCCUCCCCUGAGGACAUGGGGACCUAUUUCUGCACAGCCACCAAUGCAGGAGGUUUCUCCAGCCGGGACGUUCAGCUCUCCAUCAGCACUGUGCUCCCUCUCCACCCAGCAAAGCCCAGGAUCAGGGUGAAUGGAUCGCAGGGCUUGGAUCCCAUCCCCAUCCUGGCUCUGCUUGGGCAGGAGACCACCCUGCCCUGUGAGGCUCAGGGCCAUCCCCCUCCCACGGUGCUGUGGACCUGGGAGUCUCAGCCACUGCUUCUCAGCACCACCAGCUACAGCAUCCUCCCUUCGGGGUCCCUCCACCUGGCCAAGCCCCAGUUGACAGACAGUGGCCUCUACACCUGCGUGGCCACCAACACCGUGGGGAACACCUCUCUCAGCUACAACCUGCAUGUCCAAGCUCCCCCCCAGCUGCUGAUUGGUGAUGGAGAAACCCACCUGACAGUUGUCACCAACCACUCCCUGAGGAUUCACUGUCGUGCCACCGGUGUCCCCACACCCCAGAUCCAGUGGCUGAAGGGGGGGCACCCAGUGAGCCAGCAGGAUGGUGUGGUGGUGUCUGAGGAUGGUGGGACCCUGCUGAUCACCCGGGUGGGGCUUGGUCAUGAGGGGCUCUACAUCUGCCAGGGCAGCAACCGGGCAGGGUUGGCCCAGGCAGAGGUGCAGGUUUCAGUGCAAGUGCCUCCCAACAUCGAGCCCACUGUGAUGGACCUGUCUGUCCUGGAGAAUGGCACCGUGUCCCUGGAAUGCCUGGCCUCAGGGCUGCCUGCACCCAGCAUCACCUGGUACAAGGGGAACAAGCAGCUCUCAGCAGGACCAGGCAGGAUCCUGUCCAGGGAUGGGAAGCACCUGGAGAUCCAGCGUGCUCAGCUCUCUGAUGCUGGCAGCUAUCUCUGUGUGGCCUCCAACGUGGCUGGUGUCGCUGAGCUCUGGUACAGCCUGAGGGUGGCUGUGCCUCCCCGGAUCACAGCCAGCCCCAGCCCCCUCACCGUGGUGCUCAAUGAUCCAGUGACCCUGGAGUGUGAUGCCAUUGGGACCCCCACCCCGGUGCUGCUGUGGCUGAAGGAUGGGACCCCGGUGCCCAGCGUGGUGGCAGGUGGCCCGCAGAUCCUCUCGGAUGGGCGCACCCUGUCCCUGCCCACCCCACGCCUGGAGGACUCGGGGACGUACACGUGUGUGGCCAGCAGUGCCGUGGGGGAGGACAGACGUGAGACCACCCUGGAGGUGAGGUUGUCCCACGGUGACCUGGGGGAGGAGGAGCACAGCACGGUCCUUGUCAACCAGACGGUGACUCUGGAGUGCCGGGUCCCUGGGGUGUCCCCUCGGGGGUCCCGCUGGCUGAAGGAUGGGACCUUGCUGACCCCAAAGCCAGGCUUGCAGCUCUUGGAGGAUGGGGCAGUGCUCCAGAUCAGGAAAGUCACCCUGCAGGACACGGGCAGGUACACGUGCCAGGUCCCUGGUCAGCCAGAGAAACACUACAGCCUCAAUGUCACCAGGAAUCCUGAAUGGGUGCUGAUGCUGAUCUGUGUCCUUACAGCCAGCCCUGUGUUCUCUAGAGAUGCUCCCCAUGCUGCUGCUGCUGCAGAAGAAGUUGCAGUGCUCAUCAGCAACCCCAUCUCCCUGCUCUGCGAGGCUCUGACAUCCUUGUCUCCCAACAUCACCUGGCUCAAGGAUGAAGUUCCCCUCAAAGAGUCUGGGAACAUCCAGCUCCUCCCUGGUGGCCGUGGGCUGCAGAUCCUGAACGCCCAAGAGGAGGACAGUGGCACAUACAGCUGCCUCGUGGGCAAUGAAGCUGGGGAGGCUGUCAAGAGCUAUGCUGUCAAGGUCCUGGUUCCUCCUUGGAUUGCCAGAGAUGACCUUUUGGGGGAAUUUGCCAUGAAAGAGGUGAAAGCCAGGGUGAACAGCACAGUGACACUGCAGUGUGAGACCUGGGCUGUGCCUGAGCCAACCAUCCAGUGGUACAAGGACAAGCAGCUCCUGGAAAGUUCCAGCCACCUCCAGAUCCUCAGUGAGGGGCAAAUCCUUCAGAUCCAACCAGCCAGGGUCUCAGAUUCAGGACACUACACCUGCGUGGCCACCAACCCCCUGGGGGAGGACAACAGGGACUUCAUUGUGCAUGUCCAAGUGCCACCCCUCUUCCAGCAGCAACUGAGCCCCAACGAAGCCCUUGAGAUCUUCUACAGGGAGGAAGACCAGGAUGGGGAGGUGAUAGAGCACCGCCAGGCCAUCCUCAACCACCCCACUGCCCUCUACUGUGACACCAAUGCCAUCCCCCCCCCCAGUCUCACCUGGUACAAGGAUGGGGAGCCCCUCUCCCCCGGCCCAGGGGUGUUGAUGCUGCUGGGGGGUCGGGUGCUGCAGUUGCUGUCGGUGCAGGAGCAGGACAGGGGCAGGUACACCUGCCAGGCCACCAACACUGCGGGGUGGGACCGCCUGCACUAUGACCUGGAGGUGCUGACCCCCCCAGCUAUCCACGGGGACAAGGUGGACCUGGCAGAGGAGGUGACAGCCACCAUCAAUGGCACUGCCCGCUUCAAGUGUGAAGCCACCGGGCACCCUUUGCCUGUGGUGUCCUGGCUCUGGAAUGAUGUUCCCAUCCUGGCUGGCCCACGGCACCAGCUCCUGGAGGGUGGCACAGUUCUGCAGGUGGCCAUGGUGGAGGUGGGUGAUGCUGGCAACUAUGUGUGUGUGGCUGAGAACUUGGCUGGGUCAGCUGAGAAACGCUUUGCCCUCUCCGUGCAGGAGCCCCCCCUCCUGGAGAGCCCCCAGACCAGCGAGGAGCAGAUGGUGGCUCAGGGCUCAGACAUCACCUUCACCUGCGAAGCCACCGGGUCCCCAGCACCAGCAGUGACCUGGCUGAAGGAUGGCAAGCCCCUGGCACGGCAGGGCAACCGAGUGCCAGCUGGCCCACGGCUGAGCUUGGUGGCCGUGGGGCCAGCUGACUCAGGGGUGUACUCCUGCCUCGUGGCCAACAGAGUGGGGGAGGCCAGCAAAACCUUCCAGCUCCUGGUGAUGGAACCACCCCGUGUCGAGGCUGCAGCCCAUCCCACCGAGAUGUCCGUGGCUGUGGGCACCCCACUGGAGCUGACAUGUGUGGUGAUGGGUGUCCCCAUGCCCACUGUCACCUGGGAGAAGGACGGGCGGCCACUGGCAGGGCCCUGGCUCAUGUCAGGGAAUGAGAGCACACUCCACAUUGAGAGCACACAGGUGGCUGAUGCUGGCUUCUACACCUGCCUGGCCACUAGCCCUGCUGGGGAGGACAGCAGGAGCUUCCACGUCAGCAUCCAAGCACCUCUCAGCACCACGAGCAUUGGAGAGACCCAGAGCAUCACUGCUGUGCUGGGGGGGGACCUCAUCCUGGAGUGCCCUGAGGAUGCUGUGCCACCCUCACACAUCGAGUGGCACUGGGAGGGCUCCCCACUACAGGAGGAUGCUCACAGGCAGGUGCUGGCCGAGGGACGUGUCCUGCAGAUCCGAGCCCUGGAGGUGGCAGAUGGUGGGGAGUACAGCUGCAGGGCCACCAACACCCAGGGGGACACCAAGCUGCGCCUCCGCCUGCAGGUUCUGGUGGCCCCAGAGAUCCAACCGGGUCAGGAGGAGAUGAGGGCAGUGCUGCAGGGCUCCGUGGUGCUGCCCUGCCAGGCAGAGGGAUGGCCUGUGCCCCAGGUGACGUGGCAGAAGGAUGGCCAGGUCCUGCCUCUUCGUGGGAGCAGCAGGCUGCAGCUCCUUCCAGGUGGCUCUCUCCAAAUCGACCCCGUUCAGCUCCAAGAUUCAGGUUAUUACCUCUGCAUGGCAUCCAGCCCAGCUGGUUCUGACAGACGUGGCCUGGACCUCCGUGUCCUGGUCCCUCCCACCAUCACCCCCGGGCCCUCCAACCUUACCCUGCUGGCUCAGCAGCCAGCCAGGCUGGACUGUGAUGCCCAGGGGUCCCCCCAGCCCCAUGUCAGGUGGGAGAAGGAUGGACACCCCCUGCACCCACACCUCCUACCCAACACCUACAGUUUGCAGUCUUCAGGGUCUCUGCUCAUCUCCAGCCCUGGUCCCCAGGACGAGGGGCAGUUUGAGUGCAUCACCACCAACACUGCUGGAGAGGCACGCAAGCUCUUCCACGUGUCCAUCCACGUGCCCCCCACCAUUGCUGAUGACCUCAGGGAUGUGGUUGUCACCCGGCUGUCCCCUGCAGUCCUCACCUGCUCUGCCUCUGGUGUGCCCCCCCCCACGCUGUCCUGGAGCAAGGAGGGGGCUCCGCUGGGCAGCCGAGGAGGGGGCUACCACCUCCUGCCCACAGGAGCCCUGGAGAUCAGGAAGGUGCUGCCUGCCCAUGCUGGCCACUACACCUGCACAGCCAGGAGUGCUGCUGGCACAGCCCAAAAACACCUCCAGCUCACUGUGCAGGAGCCCCCCACCUUGAAGCCCCUGCCCAGCAUGGUGAUGGUGAUGGUCAACUCCAGUGUGAUGCUAUCCUGUGAGGUGACUGGAGUCCCCCAGCCAGAGCUUACCUGGCAGAAGGAUGGUGUUGGUAUCACUGGAGGGCCAGGGCUGAAGGUGCUCCCCAAUGGGCAGCUCCAUCUCCCCCAAGCCUCCCCAGGGGAUGCUGGCACCUACCUGUGUGUGGCUCACAACCCCGUGGGCACCGUGGCAGGGAGGACCAGGCUGAUCGUGCAAGUACCUCCCAGCAUCACCGCUGGCCCACUGGAGCUGGCAGUCCGGGAGGGGAUGGAGGUUCUGCUGCCCUGUGCUGCCCACGGUGUCCCUGAGCCUCGUGUGUCCUGGAGCAGGGAGGGAGCCCCAGUGGUGGGUGUCAGGGGGAAAGCUUCUAUCCUGCCCUCUGGGGAUCUGCUGCUCCGGGAUGUCCAGGAAGGGGAUGCUGGGAGCUACUCCUGCACAGCAGUGAACUCUGCCGGGAGGGCAGUCCGGAGGCUCUCCCUCUCCAUCCACACCCUGCCCACCUUCACCCUCCUGCCCACAGACGUCACCCUGGGCUGGGGUGAGAGGCUGGAGCUGGUGUGUGCUGCCACGGGCAGCCCCCAGCCCCACAUCUCCUGGAUGGCCAAUGGGCAGCUUGUCACUGAUGGUGUUUCAGAGCAGAGUGGCUGGAGCACCCUGCUUCGGGAGGCAGCCACCCAUGCUGACAGUGGGACCUACGUCUGCCGUGCUGAGAACAGCGCUGGGGCCAUCAGGGCCACUGCCUUUGUCGCCAUCAGAGAGGCACCCAUCAUCCGGGGGGACCCCAGCACCUACCAGGUGGAGCCCCCCGGGGGUGAUGCCCUCCUUGACUGCAACGCCCGGGGCCACCCUGUGCCCCUCAUCCACUGGAGCAAGGAUGGGGUCCCGGUGGGGUCUGGUGGGCACCGGCGCCAGUUGCAGAAUGGCUCCCUGGCCAUCCACCGGGUGAGGAGCACCGACACGGGGCACUACCGGUGCGUGGCAGAGAACGACAUGGGCAUGGCAGCGAAGGUUGUCACCCUGGUCUUGCAGAGUGCCCCCUCCGUGACGGUGACACCGCGGGCGCUGGCCGUGCGUGCGGGGCAGCGGGUGCUGCUGCACUGCUCCGUCAGGGGGGAGCCCACCCCCUCCGUGGAGUGGCGGUGGGAUGGAGAGCCACUGCCUGAGGGUCCCCGUGCCCGUGUCCUGCCCAAUGCCACCCUGUUCCUGCCUGCUGCCACCCCCCGUGACACUGGCACCUACUCCUGCCUUGCUCGCAAUGCCCUGGGGGCUGCUGUCGCCCACGUCUCCCUGGCCAUCCAAGGGGAGCCACACCGGGUGCGGGGCAGCCUGGUUGGUGUCAUCAACACCCACGAGCUUGGUGUCACCAGUCUUGAUGCCAGCGUGCUGGAUGACCCACACUCUGCUGCCACCAUCAUCCAGAGCAGCAUUGGUGGCAUCCCACCCACUGUGGGGCCAUUGAUGCGGGUGCUGGUGGCCAUCAUUGCCCCCAUUUACUGGUCCUUGGUCAACGGGGAUGCCCAGAGCAGGUUCCUGCUCACUGGGGGCACAUUUCAGCAGGAGUCACAGCUGGAGUUUGCCACAGGGGACCUGCUGCGGGUCACCCACCUUGCCCGGGGUGUGGAUGCCACCGGUGCUCUGCUGCUGGACACUGCCAUCAGUGGCUCCCUGCCCGAGAGCAUCAGUGAUGCCACGGUGCUGCUGCAGGAUUUCAGUGAGCAUUAUGUGCAGACUGGCAUGGGGCAGGUCUCGGGGGGCUCGGUGCAGAGCUUCCUGUGGGAUGGGCACAUCUCCCGUGCCCGCUGCAAUCACACCAUCGUGUAUGACCCCCCCGUGGGCACACAGCCCCCCCGGGUGCAGCACAUCCAGGCCAGCACCAUCAAAGCCUCCUACGACCCAGCCCUGGAGGAGCUCCGCUUCCAGCUCCGUGCCUCGCUUAAUACAGGGGCCAAUGGAGACAAGUGCCCAGCAGGCUUCGUGCUGGGCCCUCAGCAGCUCUACUGCACGGAUAUUGAUGAAUGCACUGAGGGGUCCCACUCCUGCCGUUACAACCAGCUCUGCCAGAACACCUUGGGGACGUACAGCUGCGUCUGCCCUCCCGGCUACCACUCACUGGGUGCUGGUUGGCCGUGCCUGGACAUAAACGAGUGCCUGCAGUUCCCUCCACCCUGUGCCUUCAAGUGCCGCAACCUACGGGGCUCCUACGAGUGCCUCUGCCCCUCUGGCAGGACCCUGCUCCCAGGUGGACAGUGCAGUGCAGCAAAUGGAGAGGGCACAACGGGCAGCAUCCCCCAGGACCCCCCUGUGCACUGGCUGGGGCUGAGAAGCCACCCACGGGGACGCUCCUUCUACACCCAGCUCGCCCUCCGCCGUGUGGGGCUGGGUGGCCAGGGACCCCCCUGCCCCAUGGGCUUUAUCAAGAGGAAUGGCAACUGCACUGACCUUGACGAGUGCCAGACCCUGAACCAGUGCCAGCACGAGUGCAGGAACAGCCUGGGCAGCUACCACUGCAUCUGCCCCCCUGGCUACCAGUUGCUGCCCAACAGGAAGACCUGCCACGACAUAGAUGAAUGUGCAGAGGGUACCAUGCAGUGUGGCUCCAACCAGAUGUGCUUCAACACCCGGGGAGGUGCCCAGUGCAUGGAUACACCGUGCCCAGACGGCUACCGGAGAGGCUCCAGCCUCGGGGUGUGUGUGGGUGCCUGCACCCCAUCCUGCGGCCCGGCGGGUUCCCCCACCCUGCAGUACCACUUGCUCACCCUGCCCCGAGGCAUCGCUGCCAGCCGGGACGUGGUGCAUCUCACCCCGGGGGGUGCUUUCCACCAGCCCCCCACCUUCCAGCUGCUGGAGCGGGAUCCCGGCAGCCCCUUCACCCUCCGCACCCAGCGGGGCCGCGGCGUCGUCUCCACUCUGCGCCCGCUGCGGGACCCCGGCACCCACCGCCUCAAGGUGCGGGCGCUGGCCCCGGGCGGGCGGCGGGCACCCAGCAUUUUCCUCCUCAUCAUCUCCGUCUCUCCCUAUCCCUACUGACACCGCCGAGGGACAGGAGGGGACGUGGGCUUGUGUCUCCUCCUGUCCCUCGCCACCACGCCGGCUCAGGGAGAGCUGAGCUUGCACCUUUCCUCUCACCUAUCGGGACCCUCCCCCCCUUUGCUUUUCCCCUUUGCCUGGGGUCAGUCCCUGACUCAGCAGGGCCCUGGACGGGGUGGGGAGGGGACAAGGUGUCCCCCCAGUGUCUUGCAAUCAGGUUUUGUUGCAAGCCCUCAAGUCACAACAGCAGCCCCAGAGCAAAGAGCUCUGAGCAGCCUUGGCCGAGAUCAGCCCCCAGAUAGAGGAGGAAGGGGGGUGGGGGGUGUGUGACAGAGGCUGGUGGGGGCCCCCAGGUAUGCAGGGUAUGAUUCCCCAGGCUGGGGUGGGUGCAGGGCCCCCAGCAUUAACCAUGUAUUAAAUUCAAAAUAGCUGUCUGUUCAAUUUUUUUUUUUUUUUAAAUCUGCUUGGUUUCAGCACACUUAUUUAUUUAUGGUUUUGU